AGGCAAGGAGAAAUUAAACUUACAGAAUAAAGUCGGUGUGUACAUUUCAGCUCGCUUACAGAUCUUCAGCCAUUUUUAUGUUGGACUAACCGGUUCCUCUGAGCAGAAAUUAUUCUCACUGCAGUUAUAUAUCGUGGAUUUAUCUGAUUUCUCUUUCAAGAUGGCCACAUGGAAAGAAAGACACUUUCUGUGUACGGACAAAUAUGUGCCAUGCCCAGGAUUUUCCACAAGAGCCUAUCACAAACUGGCUGUGGCGAGACCACCAUACACAGACGCUAAAAUCAAGGUUUGCCAGAAAGUGCAUUACCUACUUGAAGGGUGUGAUCCAAAGCAUGUGUGGGGAUAUCAUACAUGGCUGGACGUGGGAAGGUUGCCAGCUAUUUAUCGUCCAAGACCUGACAAGCCUUUCGACAGCAACACGUGGCGAUGGAUUAUUGCUCCCAGAAAAGAUUCAAUGGCCAAGCCUCCAGUGCCCCCUCCUUCCCAGCUGAAUGGCAACACCUAUUUAAAAUUCAUAGAAGGAGAUGCGUUGUUUGUGAGUCAGAAAUACAAACAAAGAGUUAUGAACCGAAUAAAGGAAGAAAUGAGGAAGUGUGAGCAACUCAAAAUAAGGAGUGAAUGUCGAGCUCCUCCUCUAGACCAUCAGGGAAAUAUAAUGCGUCCCAAAGAGUUCAAACGAUAUAAACACCUUCUUCCAGUGAAGAGCCUGGCAUCACUGUGUGUUCAACUGCGUCCAGUUACCCCUCCUCCCAGUGACUACAGGAACAUUCCUUGCCCGAGUCCCAAUCCUCAUUACCUGGCAGCAGCAGUCAGAUUUGCCCUGAAGAACAAUAGUCCAAUCUCCCCGGGAGUGGUAGAAAAAUAUCAGGAACUUGCCCUAUCCGGGAGCAAAAUAAGGCCUUGUACACCUGUCAACUAAAUAAAUGGACAGGAAUGAAGCCUGAAAUUCACAGCA